CACACUUGGCUUCGCAUCUGCGUCGUCGUUCAAUCCAUUUCAUUGCAUGUCAUUCGACGACUUGGAGAGGGGCACGGGCCGGGUGGUGCUUGGUGGCGGCGGCGGGUCAGGCCAGCAAGGGGGCUAUGGCUACCAAUCGGGCAUGGCGGCGUCAGGUUCCAUGAGCAACACAUCGUCGCUGCAGUAUGAUCAGCUGCACAACCAGGCGGUGGCAUCGAUCACCAAGAUCUCAAACAAUGUGGCGGCGCUGCAGAAGAUGGUGAACCAGCUGGGGACGAAGCGGGAGACGCCGGACAUGCAUGCGCGGAUGACGACGCUGACGGAGCGGACGCGUGACCUGGCGCGCGAGGCCGGGCGGCUGCUGAAGCAGAUCACGCUGGUACCGACGUCGUCGCCAGCAGAGACCCAGCAGCGGUCGGUGACGCAGCGGAAGCUCGGCUCUGACCUCAAGAAGCAGCUGACGGCAUUUACGGCGGUGCAGACGCGGAUCAAGGACGCGGACCGGCGAAGCAUCGACACGGCCAAGCAGAGCAUGGCGUUUGGUGACGCGGCGGGUACGUCAACCGCCGACGAUCAGACGCAACCGCUGCUUGCGCAGCAACAGACCAUCACCCUCGACUCGACCAUCGAGUUUAACGAGGUCCUCAUCGCCGAGCGCGAGCACGACAUUGCCGAGAUCGAGGCCACCAUCUCGGACGUCAACGAGAUCUUCCGCGACCUCUCGACCCUCGUCAACGAGCAGGGCGAGCAACUACACGACAUCGAGCACCACAUCGAGAACACCGUCGCCCACACCGAUGGCGCCGUCAAGGAGCUGACCAAGGCCGACAAUUACCAGCGCAAGGCCCGUCGCAAGGCCAUGUGUCUCGCCCUCAUCUUUGCCCUCAUCGCCGGUGGCGUCGUCCUCUACCUCACCCAGAAGAAGUAG